GAGGGAGUCAAAUCAGUCAGCCAAUCCAGCCAGUCCCUCUCAUUCAGUCAUUCGCUCCCUACACCGCCGCCAUACUGGAGCCUUCUACCUAUCUAAGUAAACUAGACGCAGACCCAAGCGGGAGGCCCCUCCAAAAGGAUCGGCUCACACCAACGCGCUUCUGCACGAGCUACGUCGAAGUGCAGCUCUCCUGCGUCGAGUGCGUCUGUCGAGACCCCUGCUUGCCAUCAUUGGCGCAGCAAACAGCCCGCCCAUUCCCGGGUACUGACUGGGCACCCUAGUCCACACCUCGUCCUUUGCCCGUAGCUAUCUUUAAAUAUUCCCACCAUCUCUCAUGACAUUCUUGUACCUACAACUGUAGCUCUUUGGAUAGAGUAACAGUCCCACGUCAACCAGAAGACCCUGAUUUCUCCCAAAACUUAUCAGUUACAGUAUUUUCUAAUUCUGUAUCAUGGCGCCCCGCUCGAGUAGACAUCGUCAUGAUCGUUAUGACGACCCAUACACAUUCGAUGAUCCCUAUAUUCACUCACCACCAACAGACCACAACCAGCCAGCCUAUGAAUACAUAGGCACCGACGAACCUCUCUCUCCGCGCCGCGGCUCUCCAGCCCGUCAUACAUCUUCGCCAGAUCGCGAUAGGGCGCGACGAUACGCUCGCACAACUAGCCCUCCGCGACACUCAAGACGCGACGCCGCCUAUUCCCCUCCCCACCAUACGUCACAUCAUUCAUCAUCACCCCGCACAAAAGAUAGAGACAGGGAUAGGGACCGCGGCCGAGACCGACACCGAGACAGAGACAGCGGCCAGGAUACCAGAAAGAAAUCUAAAGGAAGGCACUUUUACACCGACUUCGCUGAACAAAACCCGAAACUGCAGGGCUUUGGCAAAAAAGGCCUGAACUUCCUUAGUGAAGCGGCUGCUGCCUAUGCCGCGGCGCAAGCUGGUAAAGAUGCCGAGAAGGGUAGAUCAAGUCGGUCAGUCGACCGCCACGACCGAGACGACCGAUCUAGGCGGCACCAUAGACGGCAUGCCUCCAGUCCUUCGCUAUCUCCAUCUCCACCACCCCGAAGACGACAUUCCACCCGUCAUGGCGACCGGGACAGAUCCCGUCACCGUGAACACGAGCGCCGGCGCCGACACAGCGCAUCACCACCCCCACUAAGUCGAAACCCAGACUCGUACCUCGCUUCACAACGGUCCUCAACUCGCAGCCGAGAUCGAGACCGUGGCCGGAGCGGAAGACAUCACCACCGCCGUUACUCACCUUCCCCAUCGCCGUCCCGUAGCUCUCGCUACCGCAACAGCACAGCACCGCCUGCAAACCCUGCUGCAGAGCGGUGGCAGAUGGCAGCCAAGGCGGCGAUAGAAGCUGGCGGCCUGACCGCUUUCAGACUGCGUAAGCAACCGGGAAGCUGGACGGGUGAUAAAGCGGCUAAGGUAGCUACCGCCGCUUUAGGUGCCGCGGCUAUGGACGCAUUCAUGGAUCAAGAUCCUCGUGGCUCCAGGGGAGGCAUGAAAGGCAUGGCGGAGAAUGCCAUCAGUAGCCUUAUCGCGUCGCAGAUCAUGGGCAAGGGCGCCAAGCGGAAGGGGCGCGGCCGCUUCUAGAACAUGGUUGCCGCCCUUUCCCAAUCUCAGUUGCCUCUUUCAUCCUUUUCAUCUUUUUCAGAUUUGUCUUUCUACUGUAUUUCUGCCUGGCGUUCUUCCGGUGCGGUAUGACCGUAUUUCAUUACCUAUUUUACGAUGUUAACGACACACCUUUUUAUCUAGCGUAGACAAGAUUU